AUGCAGAGUCUGUCCUUACCUCCUCCGACUUCACUUCCUUCCUCGCCGUACGGGCGAUAUCAAGAGUUGGGAAGCGGCCUGGUAAAGUUUCCACCACAGUUCAGUCCUGGCAGGCCUGAGCAGCACAGCUACCCAUCUCCUCCCAUGUCCGAUUCUCUUUCGCCCGCCCGCCGACCAGCUCAUGUUGUCGAAGUAGAAGGACACCCUUAUCAACCGCAUCUGCACGAACCACGUCCGCACCCACCACCGUCGUCAUUGCUUGACCCUCGAUCAGCAAACAUUCCACAGGGCAUUGCGCAACAACGUCCGCUCUAUCCUGGAGAGUCUCAAGUCCGGGGUCCACCAAUGCACUAUCAACCAGCCCGCGCUCUUGACCCUCCCUAUGGCUCUGUUCAUGUUCCGCAGAACUACGUAUAUGGAUAUCCCCCUCCUAAUGUUUCUCAGUAUCUUGGAAGCCAGGGUGCUCCAGGUCCCCAGGUCCAGCAGGGUGCCAUCAUAACGCCGCAACCACUGAGGCAAGCGAAGCCAGCAAGAAGGACUAAGGCGCAUGUGGCGUCUGCGUGCGUCAAUUGUAAGAAGGCGCAUCUGAGCUGUGAUGUCCAGCGCCCCUGCGGUCGGUGCGUUGCUUCGGGGAAGCAGGAUACCUGCAAGGACGUCCAGCACAAGAAGAGGGGCCGGCCGAGGCUAAGGGACGACAAAGAGUUCGGAAGGAGCGAGGAAGCUCGCACGGCGCCCACGCAACUUCUGGGAUCGUUAACUCAGUCCGGCCCAGAUAUCUUGGGCCAACAGUCCCCGUUCACGACGGUGCCUCGAGCGGCCGAGCCGUAUCGCGUUCUGGCGUCCACGCGCGACGAAGAGACCUCGAAACUACGUUUACAGCCCGCUGCUAUAACCACUACGCACCCACCGCGUGUUGGCAGUUUCAGCGGUGUAGCAGCCUUGCCAUACUCUGGAGUACCCAAUCUGGCCUAUCAGUCCAUGCCUGUGGCGUUUCUCGAUCUGGACCUCGUCAUUCAAAAGACCAACCAAGCUUUUCAAGAUCUGAUCGGCUUCCUUGGUGAUGCUCGUGGCAAAAUGUUGGUGGAAUUGCUUGAAACACGGCAGCACGAUGUUCUGCAGCAGCUGCGCACCGAAUUGCGGAUGGAGCGUGACGAGCGGGAGCCAGCUUACAUGGCCCCUAUAACUCCAGUCGGACAAGAUCCUAUGCAGCCCGUUAUGCAAUCAGUCGCGGAUAAGGAUGUCGACCAAGUGAGUCACGGAUUUACGCCCAGAUCCGCGCUUCUUAACUUUCGACUGCCCAACGGUCAGUAUCAGUCUCUUCAAAGCCAGAUCAGACUUGCAAAGACAUCGUUGUACUUCGUGACGCUGGUGGUCCAUACCCCGCCGCGACCGGCAGGCCCGCCUCUUUUGACAAAGCAGCUGGCGCCCCCCACACCGGUUCGCUCCUCCCAGACCAUGUCAGCUCCUACCAACGCCCCGCCUGGAGAGUUUGGCACGUACUCUCUUCGACCAAAUUCAUCUGCCGGUUCCGCUCCGACAUCACCUUAUUUCAACUUCAAAGCGGUCAGAACUUCGCUUCCGACCAUCAGUUCCAGCUCCUAUGGGGGUAGCCCUUCGUACGGCUACUCUCCAACAGCUGGUCCCGAGCAGGGAUAUUUUCCGACUUACCAGCCGCCAUCCCAGCCGGGAGCGUACCCCUCUACCUACCAGCCUGCGUCCAGGACGAAUUCGAUUGCGUCCGAGGCUCAGCGCGGGGCGCCUCACCCUGCUCGGCUGGAGGGGCUACAACUACCGCCAAUUCGCACCACGCCUGCUCUAGGAUCACCCCUGGCGCAGGACUUUGGUGAAAGCGCACGCCUGCGACGGCGUGCUUCUCCUUCGAGCACAGAAGCGAGACCCGACUCGCCAGAUACUGGAAAACGAAGACGCCUGAACAUUCACGAAGUACUGGAAUGA